AUGCAGCAUCAAGUCGUCCAUUGCAGUGGAUAUGGCACCCGCCAAUCAGCCGAGCGAAGGUCCAGGGCAUGCCUGCUGGCCGCGACGUCAGUCGUGUUGGCUGUCUUGACCGCUGCUAUGUUCUAUGGCAGCAGAGGAUCGCAAGAGUCUCUCCUUCAGCUCUCAGCCCCCUUCAGCCAGUAUGACCCCCUUUCGUUCAACUUCGGCAGAGACAGGUCCAUGAUUGCCACGGUGCCCAUGUGGGCAACAGCCGACGUACCCGAGUCAGACGACAGGGACCUUGACAUGACGGUCAACUCAGCGCUGGCUGUAGCUCAGGAGGCUCGUUCGCUUGCUGGACCGCAGAGCUCUGAGCCCGACUUUGUUCCAUUCUCACCCCAUCUUGCCUUCUCCCUUCCAGCGGGGUGCGUGGGAGGGUGUAAGCAGCAGCAUGCCACAGUAAAGAUUGUGAAGCGAUCGAUCCCUCCCUCCAAGGAGGAGAAAGAGAUCAAGAAGAUGUCUUCCACCUUCAAACGGCUGCAGAGGAUCGACAGUGGGCACUACAAGAUCCUCUCCACCAGGAUACUGUCCCUGGAAAGAAUGCUGAGAGAGUUUGCGGCCAGGGAAGCGAAGAAAUCCUCCGACGUGGCGCUAGCGAAGACGAGAAAGAUUCUCUCGGCUCAGGCUUCGAUCAGGACGGCGAAGAGAGCGCUGGAUGCUGUAACGGAGCUGAGGAGGAUGAGAUGGACGCGCGAUCAGCCGGAAAAGCAUGAGGAUGGGUCGACAGCGCGAGCGCAGAAAGUGCAACAGCAAGAGCAACAGCAGCAGCAGACCAUGAUGGUGCCACAACGACAGGAGGAGAGGGCAAGGGAGGAGCCGAGGCGACGGGAGGAGAGGGCAAGGGAGGAGGAGCCGAGGAGGCGGGAGGAGAGGGCAGGGGAGGAGGAGCCGAGGCGACGGGAGGAGAGUGCAAGGGAGGAGGAGCCGAGGCGACGGGAGGAGAGGGCAGGGGAAGAGGAGCCGAGGCGACGGGAGGAGAGUGCAAGAGAGGAGCCGAGGCGACGGGAGGAGAGGGCAAGAGAGGAGCCGAGGCGACGGGAGGAGGAGGCAAGGGAGGAGGAGCCGAGGCGACGGGAGGAGAGGGCAAGGGAGGAGCCGAGGCGACGGGAGGAGAGGGCAAGGGAGGAGCCGAGGAGGCGGGAGGAGAGUGCAAGAGAGGAGGAGGCGAGAUGGCGUGGAGAGAGGGAAAGAAACAGUGAGCUGGAAGGAAGAAGAGUGAGACGGAGGGGAGAGAAGGAAGAGGAAGGCUAUGCCUCAAGGCGUAAGGAAAGCAAGUAUGCACGUCCUGUCUCAUCUUCGUCGCUCGCUGCUGAGCCCUUCGAUGCUGAAAGUUUCGUUCCCGGGCCUCACGAUCGCAUCUACAAGGGUCUGAGCUCAAAGUACAACGACGAAGAAAUAAGACAAGAAAACCCGAACGAAGAUUUCAGUCCCUACGGUGAAACUCGGAAGGGUGAAGAGAAGGAGCCGCCCGAGUACAACGAGAGUAGAGAAUAUUACGACGAUGCCGAGAAAAGUGAUCCUAAUGGGUUCUGGGGGGAUUGGCGAAAGAAUCCCAUGGGAAUGCCCAGCGGCAUUACAGCAGUACGGAAUCCGUCCUAUCCGUUCAAGAGCUGGCGGGGGUUGGACUGGAUGGCAGGAGCAAAGGAGAAGACACAGAAUGGGCAAAAUGGAGGAGGAAACGAGGAGGGUGGGGGCAAGACAGAGGAGGGAGGAAGUGGACAGGCAGGGGAAGGGCAGGAGGAUGCCGGGAACCAGAACGACGGAGGUCAGGGCAACCAGGAAGCAGGUCAGGGCAAAGAGGCCCAAGUCUCCGCAGCAACAGAGCAGAACAAUGAAUCGCCUGCCCCUGUAUCCAACGAGGAGGCAGCAGCCAGUCCGUCACCUACCGCCUCCUCCCCGCCUCAAGCAGAAGCUCCGACACAAGCUGCGGCCGAAGCAAAGAGUUUCUCUGUGAGGAGCGGGUUGGAACAAGCUCCCUCCUCCAUCACCACGAACCUUGAGUCGAUGCUCAGUGGCUACAGGUGUGGCAGCACAAAAUAG